AGGAUCUUGCAUGGAGGACGACCCUCCAAAGGCGCAGUUCUUUUUUGCUGAGAGUGAUGAGGAUUCGCUUGGUCUAGUUGAAAGCAAAUCUGAUCUUUCUCAGACUGUGCCGGAUCCAUCCAAGAACGACGGUGGCGCUGCUAGUGGAUCCAGCUUUCCAACAGAAGAGCAAGCUGAACUACCCAAUUUUUCUGAAAACGCUCAGUCCGAACAUAUUGAAGGAACGUCUGCAUCUUUUCAGAACACCCCUGGAGGCCAUUAUCUGUCAGAGCAUGACGAUGAGGUCCCUGCUCAGGUUUCUGGAAUUGCCGAGAAUUGUACAAGGCCGGCUGGUCAAGAGACAUGCGACGUCCCAACAGUUUUGACUGACGAUGGCUCUAAUGGUUCUCUAGGAGUGGCGGACGGUGAAGUUCCAGCUGAACCGCACGAGCAUGCAACUUUUCCUGAGACCACUUCCGAAGUGCCCCAGAUUUCUCGAGGUCAGAGUGGUGCCACUGGCGAUUCUGAGGACGUCCCCAUUGAGGUCGUUGAAGUUGAUGUGGAGAAUACUGGAGACGUACCGGACGCCCCGUUAAAUGACUCUCUCGAUGGUGUUCUCCCAAAUACAGGUACAACGGCAGCACCAGAAAACAAUCUGUGCGAUGUAAGUGACGACGAGAUGGACCAGUUACCUCGAGCUCGUCCAAAUAAAGAAUUGGAUGAGCUUGUAAACUGUGAUGCAUUCCGUAAUGGAACCGGCCGAGAGUCAUCCAUUCCGCCAGAGUCCCCUCCUCCAGGAGAAAGUUUCAUAUAUGAAAAUGAAUUUUCACCUCUCACCAACAAAAGACCUGGCCCUAGUACUUCUACAUCUGAGGAGUUCAACGGUGUUAUGCGUAAAGUACCUAGACAAAGUGCUGGUCGUGAUCGGGAAAUUUCCCACUCUCCUCCAGCUCCUCCAUCUACCCCUCCAAGAGACGAUCGGCGAACAAGAUUAGAAAACCUCAAGAAGUUGAAUUUUCCGACGAAAUAUAAAAUGAAAGAAAGAAUCGACGACGUGUCACGUCCUUUAUCGCCGCCUCAUGGUCCCUCAACGCCUCCAUACGAUGGUGCAUACGAUUCGGCGCAGCCUAGGCGGAACGUACGGUCUUUUCUUGACGAGCCUGGAUCGGAGUUUCUAACAAGCCGCGCGGACAGGGAACUUUCCAACAACAGAAAUCGUUCCCCGGACUCGAGAAGGAAGCGGCGGCACGACGAUGAUGGCGACCGCGGCGAUGAGCGCGAUCGUCGCCACGGUUGGGCAGAGGGCAAUGACCGUCGUGGCCAUCAUGAAAGCUGGCGAAAUCAUGAAGAGCAGCAUCAUGGUGACAUCGAUAACGGACUAGAAGAUCUCUCCAACAAUCCAGCAGAGUUACAACGACGCUGUAACGCUCACAUUGCAAUGAGCGAAAAUCAGGCAGCCACUGUGAGCGACGAUCAGCUGUUCAAUGCCGUUUCAGAAGCUCUGUAUUUAUUGGCAAAUGCUCAACGGUUAUGCAAAAAGCGAGAGAAGCUACUCAAUGAAAUGAAAGCAAUGCGGCAAGGCGAAGUGGAUAUGAUGAAGGCCAUACAUGCCGAUUUGCCUGCCCAUUUACAAUCUGUGGUGAGAAUCGAGGGAGAUAGUGUCUUCAUAAACGAAUCAGGGCUUGCUGGUGGGCUACCCUCAGCUGUUACCGCAGCAGGGUUCCAGCCAUCAUUCACGCCGCUUUCAGUUCCUUCUGGAAUGUAUGUGAAUCCUACUCCCGCUCCACCUGUGGGCAUAACACCCUUCUUAGUCCCUCCAGGUGUACCACCUAUGUUGACUCCGAAACCGAGUAUAUCAGUAAUGCAGCCGGUAAUGUCUCCAGCUGUUCAACCAGUACCGGAAACGACAUCCACACCGGCGGUGACGGUUCCUCCACCUGCGAAGUCGGAAUCUCCAGACGCGGACGCAAUGGCAGAAUCGUCUAUGCCAUCAUCUUUCUCCAAUGUACCGUCAUCGUUCUCGCAUCCUCCUCCACCUCUUUCAUCCGGCCCUGCUUCUGCAGUUGCGCCAGCAUCUACAGUUCAGGCAGGCUCAUCUCCUGGUCCCGCUCUCCCUGGUUUGCCCGAUUUUUCAAAACCACCGCCUACGUUACGUCCUGUGAACGGAACGACGAAUGGCUCGCUCCCGAAAACUGGAUCUAGUAGUGCAUUACCGGACGUAGCGAUAGCGCCAAGUCGAAGUAGCACGUCAACAGCAGCGGCGUCUUCGACAGUUCCUCCAAGUACAGCACCGCCCUUGAACUUUAAUGUUCCUCCGCCGAAUGUUCCACCAAGUAGUUCCGCCACUGCCAGAGCCCCUUACAUGCAACCGUCCAGUUUUCUUGGCCCGCCUUUGGGUUCAUCAUCUGGUACGGCUGCUGUUGCAGAUUUCACAAAAACUAUCACGAAUAUGAUAACAUCAGCGCUGAAAGCUCCUGGAAAUGCCGGCGUCAAUGCAUUUGGAGCCGGACCUGGAAUAAGGAACUAUGUUGGGCCUAGCAUGAGUCUUUUGGGUGGACCAUCUCAAGGGGUAAAUCCGGUUUCCAAAAACGACAAGGAAAUGACCACAGACGAGGAGAAAGGCAACGUGAUGGAACGCCACGUUCUUUUGAUUCGCCAAAACGCUAGAGCUUGUGUCAUCUACGUUAUGGUUUUUUCCAUGUUUAACGUUAGGCCUUGA